GUCACAACACUAGUCGUGUGGAGCGGAAGCCAGUGGCCCCAGGUGAACCAGUUCCGAGCUAGAGAUAUACAGAGAGACAAAGAGACAAAGAGACAGAGAGAGAGCUUUUCGAGACAGGAGCAAGUUUUGGCCAAGCGACAAAGGCCAACGGGGCCCCAAGUGAACGGUUCGACGAGUUCAUAGACGCGAUUCAUUGCCAGCCAACAGUCGCCUCGCAUUCCGGACAUUCAGUAAAUCGAUCGAGUCGAAAAUGUCGCGCAUGCCGCUCGUUGCCAUACUGCUGCUGAUAGCGGCCGCGCAGGCAGCCCCAGCAAAAGAGUCCAAAUCUGAUGGAAAAGCAACUCCAUCCGCUCCUCCGCCCAAAGAAGAGGAGGAGUCCUCCUCGCUGUCACCCAUUGAGUCUGGAACCUUUACGAUGGAUAUUGACACGGAACUCAUCCUAACCACCGAUUCGCGGGGAGAGAUAUUCUCGCAGGGCACCGACAGUCCGUUCGGCACUACGGAGGAACCAUUGCCCGAUUCCGUUGUCCUGCAACUAGAGUUAGAGCGAGCCCAGACCGCCCAGCCAGAGCUGCGCGAGACGCAGACCACCGAAAUUAACGGGACAACAGAAAAGCCCAGGAGCACGGAAACCAAUAUACAGAUUAAUGGCACCACACUAGGGACGAGGUUCAAUGCUACCACAGAACCGCCCAAGGGCAAGUACACCAGUAGCUUCUUCCAAAGCAGGCCACCAGCCAUUGGAACCGCAAAUUUGGUGGACGAAAGCGUGGCCCUCAAUAGCGAAGAAGAUAGUUUCGAGAACAGGGGAGCUACAAUGCCGCCACUCCUACAACUGAUUGAAGCUGAAGGCCAGCUGGUGGCGACGCCCAGAAUGCUUCCAGAAAUGGAAGAAUCCCGAACCGAGGCCGGUCUCUUUUGGCUGGCCAACACCGAAGCAGUCGCAAUCGAGCAAACCACACUGGUUCCGGAACAAGAAGCCAAGGAAUCCACCACUGGGGCUACUACGCAGGAGACAACAGAACUGAGUUCCACGCCGCAUUCUACAUUCACCCAGCCCCCGGUCGAAACCACCACCGAGACUAUCGAAACCACUACGACUGCUCCUAUAAUUACCACCGAGACUAUCGAGACAACGACGAAUGCUCCUAGAACUACCCCCGAGACUAUCGAGACAACGACGAAUGCUCCUAGAACUAUCACCGAGACUAUCGAGACAACGACGAAUGCUCCUAGAACUACUACCGAAACAAUCCCAACCACUACGAAUGCUCCUAGAACUACCACCGAAACAAUCAAAACCCCUACGAAUGCUCCUACAACUACUACCGAGACUAUCGAAUCCACCACCGGGACUAUCGAAACCAUCACCGAGAUUAUCGAAACCACUACGAAUGCGCCUGGAACUACCACAAGCCCUGCACCUGUACUCCUAACCACCAGACAAGCAGUAGUUUUAGGUUCUCAGCCAGAGACUACUGCCAAAAAUGUCGUGGAGACCACCACAAGCCUCCCGACCACAACUCAGAGACAAACAUCGCCAGAGACCACGACCACAAUCCGGAACACCAUCUGGACUACUAUCCCGACCACACACGGUCCGAGCACCAAUGAUGUAGCCUCGACUCCCGAGCCGCGUGCCAUUCAGACGCGUGCCCCGCGCGUCGAGCGCAUCUUCAACUCCGACGGCGUGGAGGUGCUCUACGGGUACUCUUCGGUGGUGCGGACGAAUCGGUCUUGAAGCUCUACAACCAAAAAUGUGGCCUUGUCAAGGCCAGCUAGCCAUAACGGGGAGGAGAAGAAUGAGCGAUUGAUACCCGGUUGCUCUUAGACAGUUUUCAUAUUCUAAACGAGUUAAAUAUUAAAAUAUUUAAAUAUCAUUCAGCUGACCGAAGCACAGUGUGAUAAACCAAAAAACUAAACGAAUCGGCAUGAAAUUAAAUGAUACAUAAUACAGAUACGAAUGAAUCCGCGUCGUGGAAUGCGAAUACAGAUACAAAAUAUUGUGCAAAAAUGCGUACGGUCCGCCAAGUGGGGAAAGAGAGAAAUGCUGAAGAUAAACGAUUUUAUAAAUUAUAAAUAAAACAUGAAUAGCAAUA